AUGAGCGACAAAGGUAAUGGGCGAGAAUUGUACCAACCGCCGGCAAAACGUACUGAAAAAGGGUCCAACCCAAGUACACUGGUGAAAGAGGAGUGUCGAGAAUCGUUUCGGAAGAUCACACCAAAUUGCUGCGAAGAAGACGACGACGGUGAUGACACCAUAAGCUCACCUGUCAAAAAUUCAACAAACACCGAUAAAUCGCCAAGCGCUAGUUCAAAAAACUGGAGGACAACGACUCCCUCUCUUUCUUCAACAGAACCUUCCUCUGAUAUCAUUCACAAUGUUCAAGAGAAAUGUAACAUAGGGUCUCGACGAAAUAAAACGGAUAAGAAACCGGUAACGACAAGAGGUCCCGGUUUUCCUAAGAAAGAAACUCCGUCGUCUGGUCGCAACGAUGAUUCUGAGAACCACAACAAGGCCCUGUUAGAGAAGUUUCACUGCACAGACAUGCCCUACAUUGACUCACAUUGUCACACCGACUUCAUCUACACUAUGCUCAUGCGCUCAAAACAGUUCAAGCCUACGGAUGGGAUUCGAGAAUGGAUCUAUAGAUAUCCGGAUGCGUUCCCUAGAGCGUUUGCUGGAAUGAUUGCCAACUUUAUCAAGCCUGAAUUAUUUGUUAACUGCGCCGAUAAUGAGGAGUAUGAUUUCCGAUGGAUUCUGGAACAGCUACGAUCGAACUACUAUUUAGGAACUACUUGGGGAUGUCAUCCACAUCAUGCAGAAAAAUGGGGAAAAAUGGAUGCGUUUUGGAAUACGAUGGAAGAAAUUCUAUCAAGAGGUUCCGAUUUGAAAGUUCUGGCGGUUGGUGAAUGUGGAAUCGAUCUGCACCGAUGUGAGUCCUCAUUGGAAAUUCAAAAAGAGGUUUUCGACAAACAUGUUGCACUGGCUUACAAGUAUAGACUUCCACUUGUUAUUCAUUGUCGAAAUGGAAACAAAGGUCAUGCAGAGGAAGAAUGUUUGGAAAUACUUAAGAAGCAUAUGGUUCAAAAGCAUCCUUUUCUCAAGAUACACAGACAUUGCUACACAGAAAACUGGGAGAUUGCCCGGCAAUGGCUGAAACAAUGUCCAGAUGUUCACUUCGGUUACACUCCAGCCAUUCUCACCUUCAAGGAACCUCAGAUCGACGCUGUUCGUAGAAUUCCUCUUGAUCGAAUUCUUCUAGAAACCGACGCGCCAUAUUUCAAACCUAAAUGCUUCGAUAGCUUUACUCCUCCAAAAGUGAGCCUGCCUGGAAUGGCGAUAGCAACAGCGCUGAGGAUAGCAGAAAUCAAGAAUUGCACUUUGGAAGAAGUUCUCCGUGCUACCUACGACAAUACUCGAAGAUGCUAUCAAAUUCCUGUUUAUUAA